ACUACAUUACCCACAGCUACACGGCUUCCUGUCAAAUGCGCAUGCGCAGUGGUUCGUUCUACUCUAGACAGCUGUAGGAGAAAAUGGCAGCACUCAUGCUAGGACAGCAGGCCCGUCAGUUCAGCUCGUCUGUGGCCAGACCUGUAUCAAAGCUGAUCAGGCCUCCCAUCAUGGUGUACGGAGUGGAGGGCCGCUAUGCCACUGCUCUGUUCUCAGCCGCCAGCAAGCAGAAGAACCUGGAGCAAGUGGAGAAGGAGCUGGUCACACUGUCUGCCAUGAUCAAGGACCCCAAACUUUCCGGUAUUGUAAUGAAUCCUCAUGUAAAGCGCAGCAUCAAGCAGAAGACCUUCACUGAUCUUCUUUCAAAGGCUAACAUUUCCCCCAUCACCAUCAACUUCAUCAAUGUUUUAGCUGACAAUGGUCGUCUUCCUCGAACCGGUGAUGUCAUCACUGCGUUUGGCAAAAUGAUGAGUGCUCAUCGUGGAGAGGUCCUCUGCUCAGUUACCACUGCUCAGCCUCUGGAUGAAGCGAGUCUUGCUGAUCUGAAAGUAUCUCUCAAGGGAUUUCUCAAGAAGGGUGAAACCAUCGAGCUGGAAACAAAGUCGGAUCCUACAAUCCUGGGUGGCAUGAUCGUCAGUAUCGGAGACAAGUACGUGGACAUGUCCACCAAGACAAAGAUUCAGAAGCUGACCAAGAUCAUCAGGGAAACUUAAAUCCUGUGGACUUAAGUUUUGCAGAAGAUCAGAGACGACCAACGGAGGAAACGCUUAUAAAUGUAUAUUGCUACCUGUUCUAGCACUGCUGUUUCUCCAUAAAUCCAGUGUCUGUGCUUAGGUUCAUAUGGAUGUUAAUAAAAAAUACAAAAAAUGAA